ACUAAGUGGAGGGAAGACAACAGUAAACAAGAACGGUAGUUGUAGUCCCUUAUCAAUUUGUAGCAGUCCAGGUUCUGGGUGUGGUUUGCGCACACCAGAGCCUCCUAAACCGUUGUUAAGUCAAGCUGCAGUGUUUCAGUCACCUCCAGGAAGUAAACUCUCAUAUAGACGUGUAGUUGAAAGCAACCGUCCAGUAAGCACUACAGAGAGCCUGUUUACACAGCUAAAUGAAACUGCUCAUGAGAGUUUCACAGACUUAGAGCUGAAGGUUGAAAAUCAAAACAUGGAUUUGGAUGAAUUUGAUAUGAGGGCUCCUUUCAUACCACUCAGUAAUGAGUCACUGAUGCUGAACCAGGAUGACCUGAUGUGGGGAGCUCAUUCAGACCCAAUCAUAUUACCUAACAGUCUUCCUCUGGGAAAGCGGAACUCAAAGUAUCCUGGCUUACUGAAUGGAGAUGAAGAUUCUAGUCUGGCCCAGCUACUGAGAGACAGAGACCCUCCUAUAGCAGGGUCUGGGCCUGAGAAGAAUUUGGAAUCAAGAAAUCCAACAGAUCCACACUGUAGCCAGUAUCAGCAAAGCAAGUUUCUUGAUGGUGGAGGGAGUUUUGUAGAUCCAAAUCAAGUAUUACCUGGACACUUUGGUGGAAAAGAUGGAGAUGAUGGAGCAGGGGUUGGUGCAGUGGAAGAUGAUCCUCCUCAAGUCAUGAUGCAUGAGACAGUGGAACCACCACCUCCAUUAAUUAAUGUUGAUUCACACCAGCAAGACUGUAUAUCUGUUAAGCGCCAACAUUCUCCAAAUUCAUCUCCACUUCUGGGCCAUAAAAAACUCUGUUCAUUGCUUUAUGAACAGCAGCACCAGCAGCAUUCUCCUCUCCAAGAUCAGCAACAGCAUUCUCCCCGCAGAAGUCCAGAGGGAUCACAACACCAAGUACCACAAAUGCAGUUACAUCAUUCUGGAAUUCGUGAAUUAACAACACCAUAUGCUCCUACCAUGCAGCAGUUGCUGAUUAGCAAAGAGCCCAUUACAGUACGUGGUGGGCGUCCAGGAGGAGGGGGAGGAGGAGGAGGAGGUGGUGGAAUUUCAGCACCAUUGAGUAUGCAUAAAGGGAAAGACUCGGUGCUUCGCAAUCUGCUGAACGUGAAUGGCGAGUGUGAAGAUCCUUCCAGGAUAGGAGAAGCUAAAGUGAUAACUGCACCUAUCCGUUUAACACAAGAUCGAAUGACAGCUAUGUUAUUAGCUGAUGGAUCAGACCAGUUAUCGUAUCCAAAAUUACGGAUACUAACAGGAAGUGGAGGUUCAUUCAUGCAAGUGAGCCAACAUUCCUUCAAAACAUCAUCUGGAUCUGGUAAAGGUGUAGGUGGGGGAGGAGUAGGAAGGAGUAGUGGAUGUAAUGACAAUGGCAGCAGUAGUGCUGUUGGAGGUGGAGCAGAAGGUUUCAUUCAGCGAGGGAGGCGACAAGAUCCUCUCCUCCUUGUGGAUCCAGACUUGACUAUUCCAAGCCUCUCUGAACUGUCUCAGUUGGAUUUUGAAGUCAAUGCUCCUGCCAAUAUUGGUAACCUGCUUCAAGGAGCAGACCUGUUAAUGGCUCUGGAUCAAGCUUAGUAACCAUCAUAUGCUUGUGUGGAUUUACAAUACAUGUAAAAUGUAAAGGGAACACUUGAAAAAAAAGUCCUAUUGUAAGAAUAACAGGAAAUCAAAAUGUUUAUGCAUUAUAAAUUCCUUUGGCAAAAGUUUUCUGUGGUGCUUAUUUUUCUUUUUCUAAAGUUAUUUAUGUUGUACUCUCACUUUCACUUUCUUCUCAGUAUCAUUUUAAGCUUGAAUGCUUUAUUUUAGGUCAAAAUUUUAUGCGCCUUCUAUUAGCAUUGCAUUAUUUAAAUGGAAACUUCAUUUUAGUUAUUACAGUGAGUAGAAUAUGAAGGUAAUAAAGUACUUUUGUAUUUAUUCAGAUCUUCAUUUGCUUGUACUGUGUACCUGAAAUGAUCAUUUCAUCCAAAUAAUUAGUUCCUUUUCAAACUGACUUUUUUUCACUUUAAAGCAGUUUAUUUGAAUUUUGAAUAAACUUGUAACUUCAUGUUGGUGUUAAAGAGUUAUCUUGGCUUUUCACUUUGUUCCACUUUCUGCACAAUAGAGAUUUUUUUUUACUUGCAAUAAUCUUCAUAUGGUCUCAUAUUUUCAGUCCAUGUGACAAGUAAAAAUUAGGUGUUUCCAUUUGGAAAUGCAGUUCAUUAACAGGAGGCUUUUUAAGUUGCACUGAAACUAAAUUUUUAAACGUUCACUUUGCUGGUCAUAUUGGAUGGUGUUAAUGCAUAUACAUUCUUUACAAAGUGUAGUAACGGAGUUUGUCAUUGUAUUUCUUACAAUAAUAAAUUAUUAGAAGUUUAAUUUUAGAGUAGUACAUGUAUCUCUGUAAGGAAUACUCGAGGAAAAUGCAUACCUGUAUAUACAUAGUAAAUAUAUAUUUUUCAGUUAAUACAAAUGUUUAUUACAAGGUGUUCUGCAAAAUGAGAUUACUGUAUCUCUUUGGGCUUACCUUAUUUUGCACGUGGCAGUCUGUCUGUUGCUCACACUUUGAAGUAUAAUUGUCUGAUGCAAGACUUGUAACUUUUCAUAAUUAAGCGUAUUAUGUUAUUUCAUGUAGUCUAAAUUAAAUUGAGAAGCUUCUUUGUAACCUACAGAGGUAUUUUGACCUCUUCCAAGUUUUGCCAUAACUGCCGACAAUAAUAUUUUAGCCAGUCAAUAAUGUCUCAUUUCUUUAAUCAAACACAAUUGCCUUCAUGGUAAUUUUGUCUGCAAUAGUAAUACAUGCAUCUUCGCACAUUCAUUUGUAAUACAGCAACCUAAACUUCCUUUCUUUCUCAAGGAAGUUGUUAGGUUGCUUCUGUUUGGGCAUGAGACUGGCCAGAUUGUUAACAGCAAAAGGUAUUUUUGCGCUUUUGGUAGAAUAUAUCAGUGAGGUGGUGGCUCUUAUCCUUUAGUGCCCGUAGGUACAUGUUUGCCUUUAUGUUACAAGUACUAUACUAAUGUAAAUUUAUACCAUAAACAGUAUUUCCUUGUUUCUUUUUUUUUUACCAACAAUAUUCUGAUGGUAUAACCUAACUUUGUAGUAAUUUAAGCCUGUGAUUAUUUAGGUGAUUUUUUUAAUUAUCUGGAAUAAGUUAUAGUGAGAAUUUGCUUAUAUUAAUGCCUUAUUAGUAUCACCUUGGAAAACAUACCAUACCAUAAGAAAAACACCUUAUGUUGAGAAAACUUUUAUUUUCCUCUUAAUUUGUUUGCUAGUGUGGAUGCAAAGUUUACAUGGGUAAUAAGUUGCCGUGCUAAAAAUAGAGAUAUCUUACAUACAGUCCUAGCAUUUAUCGAAAUUUAAUACUGAGUAUCAACUGUACAGUAGUAUUAUAUGAGAUAAAGUACUUUGACCACAUGAACAAGUACUGCGCCAUAUUUUUUUUAUGGGUUGAUUUCUUCACAAAGCCAGAUAAUCUGACCAUUAGAAACUUUCACCUAGUUGACAAAAACUGGGAAAAAUUAUCACUGAAGCUUCUCCAUGUCAUACAAGUUAAAGUGCAACAAUCUGACUUUGGAAUACAUACAUCAGAUUUUCUGGUUGAUUUAAUAUAACUCCUAUUCCGCUUCAUGCAUCCUGUAAGCACCAGCCAAAAUGUGUACUCAUAGUGGAGUGGAUCAGGAUGCCUUUGAGACUCAUAGCAAAGAGGCAUUGGUGUUGUCAUUAACCAGAAUUUAUCUUUUGACAUUCACUGCCCCCCUUUAGGGAUGCUACAAAGUAUUCUACCUAAUAUUGUUGAGAUAAUUAACAUUAUUUUUCCAUUUUUAUACAUUGCUGUCUGACUAGUAAUGCCUGCUGAUUGCUAUGAUGUCUUAUUGGUUGUAGAACAGUGAAGUAGUACUAGAUUUGAAUUACAAAUUGUAUUGAUGGUUAGUGAUCUGCUAAAUUAAUUUAAAAUUUGCGCAGAAAUGGUAAGGCUAGCUCAUCCUGCAAUAUAUAGAGCCAAUAUCAUAUCUUUUAGGGAAAUUAAGAGUGAUGAUGGAUCAAUAUUGAUUGAAGCAUACAAUAAUGAACCUGUACAAUCGCAUUACCCAGUGAUAUUAGAACUUUAUAUCACAUUGAUGGAUGAAUAAAAGGCUAAUGCCUUUAUUUUCUUUUACAAAGCGCUGUAUGUGUUUCAUGUGAUUAAAAAUUUACAAAAUGUAAUAUAAAAGUCUUUUGAACGUGUUACCUCCACUGUUUCUCAUCUGGUCAAUCUCUCUAGCAGUUAAGUGUUGCUAGAAACUCAAAUGUUGUAGAUUUAUCAAUGAAACCUACUAAAAUAUUUCAGAUGCCUUAUGUAGUAAAUGUGAUAAAUUUUAACAACAGUGUCAUUGACAUUAUUUGUUUCCUCUUUCUCGUGUUUAUAUGGGGAGUUAAAAUGUAGCAAUUGGUUUCAGGAUUAAUCAAUCACAAAUGUGUUAAUAUGAAUAUUGCUUGUAAAAGUGGGUUAUACGCUAUAAUCACAUUACUUCAACUAUUUUUGUUGAAUGGCUGUUUAUUUUUAUGCAUUUCCCUAAAAGAGAAGUUGAAUGCAUAUUAAGGGGAACCAUUAUGAAAAAAUUUUUAAUGUUAGCUGAUCACAAAGGUAAUCAAGUAUUCAUAACUAAUUUGAAUAAGUAUAUCUUCAGUAAACUGUGGUACAA